AUGUCGCCCCCGCCGUCCGAACGAAGCCCCCUGCUCCCCAAUGGGAGCGAGCAGCCCGCGCCCCCCGCGCGCUCCUUCGCGCAGAAGGCCACCGCGUUCUUCAAGGCCGAGGGCGAGCCCGGGUGGAUCGCGUCCUACAAGCACUUCCUCCUGGGCUCCUGGCUCAACGUCCUCCUCAUCUUUAUCCCCCUGAGCUUCAUUUCGCACCACCUGAACUGGGACGCGGCGCUGCGCUUUGUGUUCAGCUUCAUCGCCAUUGUUCCGCUGGCGAAGCUGCUGGGGGAUGCGACGGACCAGAUGUCCUCGCAGCUGGGGCAGACCCUGGCCGGCUUGCUGAAUGCGUCCUUUGGCAACGCAGUUGAGAUCAUUGUCGGCAUCGCUGCCCUGCUCCAGGGCGAGCUCCGCAUCGUUCAAACUUCCAUGCUGGGUUCCAUCUUGUCAAACAUUCUCCUCGUACUUGGGUGUACCUUCCUUGCUGCCGGUUUCAAGUGGCCCGAAAGCAACUUCCAGGUCACCGCUGCUCAAGCUUCAAGCUCGUUGAUGACGCUGGCCGGCAUUACCCUCGUCAUCCCCGCCGCGUACCACAGCGUCAAGUCGCAGUCCGGCCUAGACUCCGAGACCCAGAACGGGAUUUUGAUUAUCUCGCGCGGGACGGCGAUUUUGCUACUCGGCGUGUAUGUGGCGUAUCUAUACUUCCAGCUCAAGUCGCACGCGCACCUCUUCGAGGCGGAGGAGACCGUUGAGGAGGAAGAGCCGGCCAUGAGCGUCGUUGCGGCGUCUUCUGCCCUCCUCCUCACCACGGUCGUCACAGCAUUCUGCGCUGACUACCUCGUCGCCUCCAUCGAGGAGACCGCCGAGCGGUACCACAUCCCCAAGCCAUUCAUCGGCCUUAUCCUGCUCCCUAUCGUAGCUAACGCUGCGGAGCAUGUCACGUCUAUCUGGAUGGCGCUCAAGGGCAAGAUGGAGGUCUCGAUCGGGAUUUGUGUUGGGAGUUCGAUUCAAAUUGCGACCUUCGUUGUGCCCCUUAUGGUCAUUGUUGGUUGGAUCUCUGGACACGAGUUGACGUUGUACUUCGAGAACUACGAGACGAUCAUCUUCUUCGUGUCGGUCUUCUUGGUCAACACACUGAUUCAGGACGGCAAGUCGAACUACAUGGAGGGUCUCAUGUUGUUGACCCUCUACAUCGUUAUCGCGCUCUCCUUCUGGGUGUCAUAA